GCCUCCCUCAGAGGAGUGGCUGUUGAGUACAUUUCAUUCAAAUGAACCAGGAACAGCAGUGUCAACUUUAAUAGCUACCUUAGGGAAUCUGAGGGAGGAAGGAUAGCUUUAAAACGCAUUUAUUUAGCUUCUUUUGUGAUAUAAUCUAUUUAAUUUCAGUCUGUCAGGACAAUGUGGAUCGAGGAAGAAAUGGAAGACAUGGACACGUCAGACGUCCUGUGGUCUUGGUAUUACCUGGCAGACUGUGGAAGGUGGCACAGGUUUGAGGAUGACCCUGAUCACCCCCUUAGGAGUGAGGAUAUUGAACGGUACUACCAAAGAAACUCAAAAGGGGUUUUAAACGCCUCUGCUCUCAGUUGUCGUCGCAAGAUUGAUUUCUCAGCAAUGAUACAGACUGACCUCAACACGGGAAGGCAGAGAAAAAUCAAACAGGGGUACAACAUUGAGAGAAGUUGCUCCUGCUUCAGUGCUCACCCUGUGUUCUGGGAACAUGUGGAUCCCACCUGUCCGUAUCAGUUAAUCCCUCUGAGGGAGCUCACCCCUGAGUAUCAGACUGUGGCAGAUUAUGUGAAGAAGGAUGGGCUGUUGGACAAAACCAUCGUAUCAAUCAGCAGGAUACAGAAUUUGGACCUAUGGGAACUGUAUUGCAGGAAAAAGAAACAGCUGAUGAGAAUUCAAGGCGUCGGAGACAUUCAGGAGAGGAGACUCUUUCAUGGGACCGAAAUCCAAAAUGUUGAAAACAUUUGCAAGUAUAACUUUGAUUUACGGUUAGCUGGACAACACGGCCACAUAUUUGGUAAAGGAAUAUAUUUUGCAAAACACGCCUCAUAUGCGGACAGAUACAGCGCAGGCAGCACGGAUCCGUUGACCCUGUAUGGCGGGGAAACACGGGGCGGUCACGGUGAAUACACUAAAACAAUAUUUUUGGCGCGAGUGAUAAUUGGAAAAUCCAAAAUUGGAGAAAAGGAGUUCAAGAAACCUGAUCAUCAAAGUUCUGAAAACACUCACGACAGCUGUGUGGAUGAUGUCAAAAGUCCCACUAUUUUUGUUAUUUUUGAUCCAAAUCAAAUCUAUCCAGAGUACUUGGUUCAGUACAAGUGAAGAGAGGAUGCUGAGCAUGUGCAAGCAUCAACAUGUCUACCUCAAACUGG